GUGCGGGAGAUCCUGGGCCGCUGCUCCUGCCCUGCCCAGUUCCCUAUGACCAAGGUGUCUGAGGGGAAAUACAAAGUGGGAGACUCCAGUGCUCUGAUCUUCAUACGGGUACGAACUGACCAUCAACAUCAACCCCAUCCACUAAACCAGCCCAUAAGAAUAGUCAACAAUCAGCCUUGAGUGGUGUGUGUGUGUGUGCGCAUGCAUUCAUGACUAUGUCUUAAACCUGUGGAUGCAUUAGUAACCUGUGAUGGAAUUUCUUUACAGGUUAACCAUCUAUAGUAUUGGAAUUGCACCUUUACACAGUCCAAGAGUCCAUAGAUAGGUUCUUUGUCUUUUUCACAGCUCAUGGACGUGACUUUGGAUUACUCUAAUAUCAUUUAGAUUGCAUUGCAGUUUGAUAGUAGGCUACAGUUCAUAUUUUGCAUAAAUGCAAAUAUUAUGCCCUGGAGCAAUUAGAUUGUCAUAUGUUUAUAUGCUGCUGUUGUGAUGGCUGCUUACACAGUAUUACAAUGGAGGCAUGCAGUGUGUACAUUUAGCUAAACUUGUUGCUGCAAGGAAAACCAGAACAGGGUCAAACAAAGCAACUAUUCUGUAGAUAUAAUACAUUUCCCCUGAACUACAGUAUGUACAGUGAUCUCAUUCUCCCCAGUCCAGGCCGCAUAUUGUUUACAAUCUGCACAGACCUAUUCCCAGUGCACUACUCUGGCUCUUGGUACCUCCCUACUGGCUGGCCCAGACCUCCCAACUCCCAUACACGCUGGCCCAGCCAGACACAAAUAGAGUUUUGGGUCAUUUCCUGUAUGGGCCCUUAUCUGGCCUGCUCUGCUGCUUGUUUCUGCUAGGCUGUGUGCCUCAGUCUGGGCCCUGCCUGGUGUCACCACUGCAACUCUAUCUUGCCUUCCGGGCCUGUGCCUGCAGGAAGGCUGCCCGCCAGAUAGAUCGAUUCUGUUUCACUUACCUCCCAUGUACCUCCGCCCAAUGAAUGGACUGAACGGAUGCCAGUCCAAAUCUGAUGCAUUUCCAGGAUGUCUGCCUUACUUCCCAAUGCUGGCAACAUGUCCACUCUUCUUUUGAGCAGAUCAAACUUUCCCAGAAUUUAAAAUUGCGAUUCAUGUAGGUCUGUUAAAAGCACAGUGUGUAUGUUAGGAUCUGUGGUAUGCUUUUACAUUUUACAUGUUUACAUUUUAGUCAUUUUAGCAGACGCUCUUAUCCAGAGCGACUUACAGUUAGUGAGUGCAUACAUUUUCAUACUGGCCCCAGUGGGAAACGAACCCACAACCCUGGCGUUGCAAGCGCCAUGCUCUACCAACUGAGCUACAGGGGACUUUUACACCUCAGUGAGAUGUUUCUGUUAAAUGUUUCUUAAAGUUUGGAUGACUGACUGUGUGUUUGGCUGUAUGGUAUGUAGUGGAGUGCCUGUUUUAGUAGUGUCUUACGUGUGCGGUAUGUUAAACCUAAGUGUAGUGGCUGUUUUGGAAGCAGGUAACGUUAAAGUGUUAACUCGAAUGCCGUGGCUGGGUUGAAAGCAAAUGAAGUGUUAAAACUAAAGUGUAGUGGCUUUUGAGGCAGGUAAAGUGUUAAACUCAAGUGUAGUAGUGGCAGUGUGUUUGAAGCGUGUCACACAUCUUAGUGUAAAACCUGUCUGGAGAUAGUCUGUGUGUAGGAGCCGUUUCAGAUUAACCCCCCUCCGCACCGUCUCCACCCUCUCCUCCACUCACUGAGGAGGACAGUGAUUAUGCAUAUCCCCCAGCAGCCGCUAGUGCAGCCCAGCCAACACACUUCCCUAUUUAUCUGCAGGGAGGAAGCUAGCCUGCUGGCUGCCACCAUCAAGCCAACAGGCCCCAUUCAGUUGCCAAAGCCUGACAAAGAGUGCAGGCUAGAGCACGAGGUGUAGGAGAGAGGGAGGAAGUGAGGGGGGAAAAGGGUGGAUAAAUAAAUGGAGGAGAGAUGUACAAGGAAAGGGUGCUUGGAGUUGUGGUACAGCGUCAGCGGGCCAUGAGCUUAAAACUUCAAGCCUGAUUUGGGAGGGAAUUGGUUUACUCCACCCCCAUCGUGAUUACAAGUAGUCUCUGUUCGCCGUUGCCAUAGAAACGGGUUAGUUCUAUAGAGUUGUGGAGAGUGGGAUACCCCAUCACUGAUGGGCUGGCUGCUGAGGCAGAGGGCUGGAGCAUCACUGGUUCCAGGGAAUCAACUCAUCCUUAUCAUGGUACUCACAACACAGAGUCUGGGUCAGGCAUAGUUGGACACCAUUAGUGGACCAGACAAUAGGCCAACAGUUUACCAUCACAUAGCCUCUCUGCUUGGAACAAGACUAACAGUCUCAGGAGUAGAGUGGCAGCAGUAAAGGACUAGAAAGAAGAAGAAGUAAGAAGUAAGGCAGAGGAGGACAGCUGUUUUGCAGACAGACAGUGUGUCGUGUUGGCGGUGUGGUGGGCAUGUAGAAGAGCAGCAGAGGACAGGUGGUAGAGCAGGAGCAGCACUGUUAGGACCAGAUCACUGUGGGCUGUGUCCUGUCCUGAGUCAGUGUGGGAGGCCUUGCAUGGUUACAUGUGAUUUAGUGCAGCAUGGCUCCCGCAAGAGCCAGCUCACACAGAUGCACCCUCAUGGCCCUGUCUGGCCUGGCCUGGCCGUAGAGAGACACGGGCCCAGCCCCUAAAUGAAACAUGUGGCUGGCAGCAGUGAUUACACAACCCAGAGAGGAGGCAGGCUGGCGUGGCUGCAUCCACAGGACCUUCACAUCAGGCUAAAUAUACAGUCUCUCUCUCCCUGCUGUGAGGAAUGCAUCUGCCUGCAGGGGAAAGAGAGAGACAGAGAGAAAGAGACUGUCUGGGCUUCAUACUCUGGGUCUGUUUGUGCCUCAAUGACCAACCCCCUCUCCUCUCUUCUCCUCUCCCCCUCUCUUCUCGCUCUUCUCUCGCUCGCUCACCCCCCCCCCCCCCCCCCUCCUCUCUUCUAGCUGAAAUUGUAGAAGAGGAUGGGGCAGGAUGAGUUGUUACCAUGCUAAUCCCCCCCCCCCCCCCCCCCCCCCCCCCCCCCCCCCCACUCUAAAAGCAUGGAUACGCCAGCUGAGAGAGGGAGAGGGGGAGUGUCUUUCAUAGCAGUGUGCCUCUUUAUUCUUCUCCCCUCUCUUUUUAAUUGUGUGUUGGCAUGGCGAUGAACAGUGCUCAUAAUGGCGGCAGCUGGGGGUCAUGUGGGAGGAGGGAGGAGGCAGAGGCACUGGCAGGGGUGCAUCUGAUGGGAGUGUUACUUAAUUUCGGGGGCAGGGGGGAGGGACUCCAGGCCAAGCGCUCAGCAUUCUGCCCCACUUGUAAGAUUUACAUAUCUAUUUACUUGAUCUGCAGUCUGUGUGGUAUCGCACCGUGUCACUGGGUUUAAACAUCACUUUAGUUUUUUAAAACAGUGUGUGUGCUUUUGUGUGUGUGUGUGUGCGCGUGAGCGGUUGUGUGUGUACGCAUGGUUUUGUGUUUGUACGUGUGUGUGUGCUAAGCUUCAUAGUAUAUAGUCUCUCUCUAGUCUUCAUUAGUGCAUUUGUGAAUUGAUGCCAUGUUUGUCAGGGUUGUAACCUUGUCCACUUUCUCUCUCUCUCUCUCACUUUCUCCUUAGGUCCUUCGUACUCAUGUGAUGGUGCGUGUGGGUGGGGGAUGGGACACAUUAGAACACUAUCUGGACAAGCAUGACCCCUGCCGCUGUGCCGCCUUCGGUGAGGUCACCUCUACCCAAACAACCAGCCCUUUACCCUUUAUAGUCACUGAGUUAUAUUGUUUUAUAUUGUACUCUAUUGUAUCUAAUUCUGGUCAGUCUGCACGGCUCACAAUUGUUUUACAAUUGUAUCCAUUUGAGCCGCUUAUCUGAUACAACUUAGCUCAGGAGUUGUACAGCUCACACUGUGGUACCAUAGUGUUACCACAAUGUUACCAUAGUGUGACCAUAUUGCUACCAUAGUAUUACCAUAGUGUUACCACAGUGCUACCAUAGUGUUACAACAGUGCUAGCAUAGUGUUACAACAGUGCUAGCAUAGUGUUACCACAGUGCUACCAUAGUGUUACAACAGUGCUAGCAUAGUGUUACCAUAGUGUUACAACAGUGCUAGCAUAGUGUUACCACAGUGCUACCAUAGUGUUACAACAGUGCUAGCAUAGUGUUACCAUAGUGUUACAACAGUGCUAGCAUAGUGUUACCACAGUGCUACCAUAGUGUUACCAUAGUGUUACCACAGUGCUACCAUAGUGUUACAACAGUGCUAGCAUAGUGUUACCAUAGUGUUACAACAGUGCUAGCAUAGUGUUACCAUAGUGCUACCAUAGUGUUACCAUAGUGUUACAACAGUGCUAGCAUAGUGUUACCACAGUGCUACCAUAGUGUUACCAUAGUGUUACAACAGUGCUAGCAUAGUGUUACCAUAGUGGAUUUGGUAUUUUAUUAGGAUCCCCAUUAGCUGUUUUUUGAAACCAGGUUUGCUGUUCAUUUGAGCAAUAUGAGAUGGAAGGGAGUUCCAUGCAAUAGUCACGUUCGUUUACAGACGGGACGGACCAAGGCGCAGCGUGAUAUGCAUACAUGUUUAUUUAUACUGAAUAAACACCACGACAAAACAACAAAUGAAACGAAACGUGAAGUCCAAGGUAGACAAACAACAUACCUCACACGGAACAAGAUCCCACAACCCACUAGUGCCAAUAGGCUACCUAAGUAUGGUCCCCAAUCAGAGACAGCGAGCUACAGCUGCCUCUGAUUGGGAACCACACCGGCCAACAUAGAUCUACACGAUCUAGAUCUAAACAUAGAAAAUGCAACAUAGAACAUACCACACAGAAAAUACACACCCUGACUCAACAAAUACGAGUCCCCAGAGUCAGGGCGUGACAGCAAUAAUGGCUGUAUAUAAUACUGUACGCUUUCUUGAAUUUGUUCUGGAUUUGGGGACUGUGAAAGACCCAUGGUGGCAUGUUUGGUGGGGUAAGUGUGUGUGUCAGUGCUGUGUGUAAGUUGAGUGUACAAACAAUUUGGAAUUUUCAACACAAGAAUGUUUCUUAUAAAAAUAAGAAGUGAUGCAGUCAGUCUCUCCUCAACUCUUAGCCAAGAGAGACUGGCAUGCAUAGUAUUUAUAUUAGCCCUCUGAUUACAAUGAAGAGCAAGACGUGCCGCUCUGUUCUGGAACAGCCGCAGCUUAACUAGGUCUUUCUUUGCAGCACUUGCGCACAGCUUCAGGAUAGUCCUCGUUGAGGAAGAUGUAUGUUCCUCUCAAGUUCUUGGCUCUUUCCAGAACAGCUCCCUCAGGAACUUGACCACUAUCGGGCCUGUCACCUGGGCCGAUGGUGGUUUUUCCAGUCCUGUGGGCGCGCUCCACCUCAAUCUUCCUGUGGUCCUUCUUCAGUUUCUCCAAAAUCAUUUCCCUCACUUUGUCCUCAGACUCCGUCCAGGUCUCAUGCGGAGAUUCUGCAAUUCCAUCCAUAACAAUGUUGUUCUGCCUUGAUUGUCCCUCGAGAUAAUCUGAUUUCUCCAUCAUUGUUAUCAUGGAUUCAUAUACAGAACUGAUAUCCUCUCUCAAUGACUUACAGAUUCACAGUCAUCUUUCCGUUCUCCUGUUUCAACUCAUCGAGCUGACCCUGGGAGAACUGCAAACUGUUCUUCAGGUCCUGGACCUCUCUGGUCAGGUCAUUAUUUUAUUAGUUGACUCCACCAGUAUUUGGACACAACACUUGAAGCUAUUUUCUUGUUGUUGUAACAACUGCUUGUAGAACUAUCUUUGUUCGUUUAAAAGAUCCUUCACCUGUGAUAGAGAGACACCACUGUCCUCAACGGUACUCCCACUGGCUUUGGUCUUUGUCAUGGUAGCAACGUAGGCUACGCUGUUACUCCUUGCAGUUCCAGACAGGGCAGGUCACAGGGAAGAUGGAAACAGAAACAAACAGCAGGGAUCUAGACAGCCACAACCCUGGGACAAUCCGCGGUCCCAGCCACAAGGGCUGCAUUCAAGCCCUCAAGGAAACCCCGCUAGCUUGAUAGGCAGCUAACAGUGGCAGCUAGGCUAGCUGCUACGACAAGCAGCUCACCAGACCCUUGGUCGGCAGGAACCCUGGACAUAUAGCAGCAGUCCCAGCAACUGAUGCCAACUGCAUCACGGGAUCCAAACUCAAAAGGUAGCUAGCUAGUAACCAAAGCUAGUAAUCAAACUAGUGGUACCAUAGUGCUACCACAGUGCUACUACAGUGCUACCAUAGUGUUACCAUAGUGCUACCACAGUGCUUCCACAAUACUACCACAGUGCUACCACAGUGUUAUCAUAGUGUUACCAUAGUGCUACCAUAGUGCUACCUCAUUCAGUAUCAUAUAAAUGGCCUUUCAGACAACACUACACUUCGCUCAUAAAGCCCUCAUCACACUGUCAUAAACAUGACCUGACGGCUGCUAUAACCAUUCAUAUCAGUUAAUGUUUACCCUUCGUGUGUGAUAGCCAGGCCUGGGGCUAGUGUCACCCUGUGCUGUGGGUAGAAGAGCUCUUCCUUUUCCAUGAGUCUACAGAGGGUAGUGCGUACAGCCCAGUACAUAACUUUGGGUUGGGGUAAGGGGGGGGUAGAAGGAUUACUUUAUCCUAUCCCAGGUAUUCCUUAAAGAGGUGGGGUUUCAAAUGUCUCCGGAAGGUGGUGAGUGACUCCGCUGUCCUGGCGUCGUGAGGGAGCUUGUUCCACCAUUGGGGUGCCAGAGCAGCGAACAGUUUUGACAGGGCUGAGCGGGAACUAUGCUUCCGCAGAGGUAGGGGAGCCAGCGGGCCAGAGGUGGAUGAACGCAAUGCCCUCGUUUGGGUGUAGGGACUGAUCAGAGCCUGAAGGUACGGAGGUGCCGUUCCCCUCACAGCUCCAUAGGCAAGCACCAUGGUCUUGUAGCAGAUGCGAGCUUCAACUGGAAGCCAGUGGAGUGUGCGGAGGAGCGGGGUGACGUGAGAGAACUUGGGAAGGUUGAACACCAGACGGGCUGCAGCAUUCUGGAUGAGUUGUAGGGGUUUAAUGGCACAGGCAGGGAGCCCAGCUAACAGCGAGUUGCAGUAAUCCAGACGGGAGAUGACAAGUGCCUGGAUUAGGACCUGUGCCGCUUCCUGUGUAAGGCAGGGUCGUACUCUCCGAAUGUUGUAGAGCAUGAACCUACAGGAUCGGGUCACCGCCUUGAUGUUAGCGGAGAACGACAGGGUGUUGUCCAGGGUCACGCCAAGGCUCUUCGCACUCUGGGAGGAGGACACAACGGAGUUGUCAACCGUGAUGGCGAGAUCAUGGAACAGGCAGUCCUUCCCCGGGAGGAAGAGCAGCUCCGUCUUGCCAAGGUUCAGCUUGAGGUGGUGAUCCGUCAUCCAUACUGAUAUGUCUGCCAGACAUGCAGAGAUGCGAUUCGCCACCUGGUCAAACAUCUAAUCAAAUGGCUACCCAGACUAUUGCAUUGCCCCCCCCUUUUACACUGCUGCUAUUCUCUGUUUAUUAUCUAUGCAUAGUCACUUUAAUAACUCUACCUACAUGUACAUAUUACCUCAAUUACCUCGACUAACCGGUGCCUCCACACAUUGACCCGGUACCGGUACCCCCUGUAUAUAGCCUCGCUAUUGUUAUUUUACUGCUGCUCUUUAAUUAUUUGUUACUUAAUUUUUUAAAAGUAUUCUUUGUUAAAACUGCAUUGUUGGUUAAGGGCUUGUAAGUAAGCAUUUCACUGUAAGGUCUACAUUUUUUACAUUUUUAGUCAUUUAGCAGACGCUCUUAUCCAGAGCGACUUACAGUUUAGUGCAUACAUUUUUCACGUAUAUACCUAAGCCUCUACUAAUAUUGUUGUUUCCUAUGCUUGUUCCCUGCAGCUCACCGGUACCACCAGGCCAAAGCCAGUGGGCAGGGUGCCCACAGCAAGUCCUCCAGCGCCCACUCCUCCCGCUCCACCAGCCCAGGCCCAUACUGGCGUAACGAGGGCAUUGCCCCAUAUAAGCCCCCUGAAAGACGCACCCAGGGCCUGGAGCCUCCAUCAUGUGCCCCCUCCUCCUCCAACCGGCCUGGCCGCUCCCACCACCCCUCCCUCCCCACGGAGCUCGACACAAACGCAGGACGCACCCCCCUGUUACCACGACCACCGCGAGAACGGUCAGAACCCCGCCACUUGAACCCAGUCAGGUGAGUGAGUGUGUGUGUGUGUGUGUGUGUUUGUGUGUGUUGUGUGUGUGUGUUUGUGUGUGUUGUGCUAAUGACACUUCAUCGUCUUUGUCUGCAUCACCAGCACUGAUCCACUUUUCAUCACUCACACUCACAAACACAGCACAGCGCACAAAACUGGGAAGCGACAGAUUACACAAGGCAGAGAGAGAUUUUCCUAAUCUCAGGUGACAUUGCGCUGACACAGUCCUGCCCUCCCGGCCGUUCCACUCUGCCUCCUGGUGGCCAGACUGGUUACACACCUUGAUUGCUGCUGUCACCUCACUCCCUUUCCUCUCUUCCCCUCUCCUCCUUCUCUCUCCCCUCCCCUCUCCUCCCUCCCCUCUCCCUCCCCCUCUCCUCCUUCCUCUCCUUUGGCUCUGUUAAUUACGCUAAUGACUGCCUGAAUUCGGAUGGGUUCAACAUCCAACAGUGUUGCUGUUGGUGAUGUUUCUGUUCUCUCUAAAAGGCCCAGAGCUGAUGGAUUGAAUUAGGCUACAUGUCGACUAUACUAGAUGAAAAACAUGCCUCUCUUUUUUUCUGCUGAUGUCUCUCACUGAAGUAACAUGACAGUCAGAGUAUUGGAUUUUAUGGGCUAUAAAACUAUUUUCUGGAUCUUAAAGAGAAUGCAUGCCCUCAGCUCUCCACAUAAGGUCCCGUUGAGUGUUGAGUUGGUCUCACAUACCUCCCUCAUACGUCAGUGUGUGGAGAUGCCAUUGUUCAACACAAUUAAGGGCUGUGGACUCGUUUACUUUGGCUCCCGGCCAAUGAGUGGCUCAGUAUCCGGAGUGAGUGAUGGCUCAGGCCCGGCGUCACGGCAACAGGCCUCAGGACAGGUUAACCCCUUCAAGGUUGGCACCUCCAAGUGCACCAGACUAGAUAAGGGUUAAUCUGACUGACAACUGUUGCCCGCCUAGGCCCUGCUGCCCCCCCUAGGAAGUAGGUCACAGGUGGGCUAACCUGGGAGGGAAAACACCAUGUGCUUCGUUAUGUCAAGCCGUCAGAAUGCAGUCAUCCAUAGACAAUAUUGGUUUGCCUAUGUCAUUAUUUUAAGACAAUAUUUGAUUAACAUUUCAAUCUUGUUACUCAUAUUUAUUUUGCCCUGUUUAUAUAACGUGCAAUAAUCUUUUCUUGGUUGUUUGUUCUGGUUUCACAGAGCAUUAUAGAAGGGGUUACAUAAAGAAUGUCAGUAAAGAAAGCGGAUAUAGUUAAUGCUUCUUACAGAAUAUUGCCAGAGAGCACAUGACUCUGAAAUACAUGUCUAUCAGGUUGUUGUUUUGGCCACUGCUACAGAGCUCUACUGAUUGGGUUCCUAUCUUGCUGUAAGUCAUUAGGUGUAUCCUGUCUUGGAUGGUACGUUGUCCCAAGAGGCCCUGCUGGUGCUUGACAGUGGAGUGGUGUGGUGUGGUGAGCUCUGGGAAAGCAGGGCAGGCAGCGCUCUCUGCGGCUGUGUGUGGUGUCACUAAAUCCACAGGGCCUAUAAUCCUGCCCCCACUUGCUCUCAUCUUCCCUGUAAUCCCUGAGCCUGAUCCAGCCCAGUGUUCUGAGAAGCACCCAGCCCUACGUGUGUCAGUCAGGGUAGGCAUCAGCAACAGCAGAAGCCUGCAGGGAGGUUCCUCAUGAUCCCUGGAGGUCACAGGACCCAUCAUGGACUGGAGGUGGAUGGUGUUUACUGUAAACCUGUCAGGGCCAGGGGAGUGGGGGGAGGCAUAGGCACUAUUGUGCUGGGUUGGAGAAUGGCCUCUGAGCAAGUUUUUUUCUCUCAAACUAGUAUGAAUGUUUAAAAAAUAUAAUGUUAUAUUUAUUUUAUUCCAAUGAUAUAAUUUCAGGCCAGAAAUAAAUCAAAGAUACUGUAACUAUAAGUAACUCCCUGUCUGUCUUCCUCUGUGUUCUGCAGGUCUAAGGAGUCGUCAUUGUUGCCAGUGACCCGCCGUCUGUCAGGGGACAGCGACUCCUCUACAGCCUCCUCUAAGGGAGGAGGAGGAGGGGCAGGGGGAGGCCGCUUCUCUCUGGGGGGCACCCGCCGCUCCGGAGAGGAGGUGGUCCUGCUGGUCAACAGGAAGGAGGGGAAGCAUGUGAUCGAGAGGCCUGGAGGAGGAGGAGGACAGGUCCCAGCCCUGCGCCCCCCAAUGCCCCGCGCACGCAGCCACUCCCGGGAACGCCCUGCCCCCGCCUCCAUCCUCAAACCCAGCCCCCCACAGGGCCCCUCUGACGGGCUCAGGAGCAGCCGUGGGGAAAGGGGCCGCUCUCUGGGGCCUGAAAGCCCACACAGGCUCCAGGCCCUGCGCUCCCACAGCCAGGGAAAGAUGCCCAGCCGGAGUCGGACCAGCGAUGCCAGCCCUGGACCCUCUCCCCGUCACGGGGCCUCGCAGCCCCAAUCCUCUGACAGACGAGAGGAGCUGAGGACCAAACAACUGCCCCCCGCCUCCCCCAGAAUCAGUGGAGGUUUCUCAAGGAGACAAUCAUCCUGCUGCUCUAAUUCACCUAUCAAAGGGCUUCAGAGCAGCAGCCUCAGUAAGAAGACUAUGGUGGCUCCCAGGCCCCCCGCUCCACGCUCCCCCUCGGUGGGGAGGAGUAGGCUGCUGCCUCCCGUCUCCCAGGCAGGCCGGCGCUCUCCUCACUCCUCCUCCCCCCGCUCCUCUCACCACCAUGGGCAUGGACCCCGCUCCCCUCGAACCUCCCACGGCCCUCGCUCCAAUGGGCAUGGCCACAGAGGGUGGGCCGGCUCUGAGCGACAGGAACCUGAGGAGGAGGGGCUAGGCUAUAACUUCCAGAUCCUGCCCAACCUGGACCCCCAGAAGGAGCAGGACCUGUACCGCAGCUUCGAGGCUGAGUUCCUGGCUAACACGGGGCAGGGCGGAGGGGGGCCUAGUAGACCCACAGGGGGGGGCACCCUUCAACUGCCCGCCUCCUCACACCCACAGCAGGGGGUUGGGCCCCAAACCCUCCGCACGCCUGCCUCUGCUGACCCUAACGUCACUGACUCGGCCUACUCCUCCUCCAACUCCUCCACCUCCUCACUCAACGUGGGGGGUAAGGUAGGUGGUCUGCCUGACCUCCGGGAGUCCAAGAGAACUAACCCACGUUCCUGUGGAGGACUGGAGGAUACCCUGGGCCCACUGCAUGGCCAUAGCCCUGGCGGACUAUCCAACGGUGGGCACGCAGAACCAGAGCGCUGGGGCGGGCGAGGUGGAGGUCUCAGGAAGCUCCCUGCCAUCUCCAGUUCCAUGGAGGAAGGGGAGCUCCUGUCCUCCUUGCCUGGCCAGAGAGACUCGGAGCUGGGCAUACCUCUCAGCCAUGCCCCCUCACAACUUCCUUUCCACCCCAGGAGCAUGAAUGGGGGGGGCCAUGUCAGUGGUGCUCCAGCAGAGAUGCUGAUGGAGAGCCAGCAGGGUCAGCUUGGCUGGGGCUCAGGGCCUGAGGGAAACAUCCCUCUGGAGGAUCACCAACCAAGCUUCCCCUACGACCUGGAGGAUGGAGACCCCAAUGAUGACCUCCCUCCCCCAGAGUCUUGUCCCUCGCCCAUCCCCCUGCCCCCCUUGGAGGACUGCUCCUUCCAGGAUGACUCCUCCAGUGAGAGCUCCUCCAUGUGCUUCAGCCUGAGUGAAUCACGCUCAGAGUCCUCUCCCCCACCUCCUCCCCUGGCCAAUGGGGAUGCUGUUGAUGGGGGUGUAGUACUCCGGCCCAAGAGGGCAGGGAAGAAGGCUGACAGGGUGCCCUCCAUCUACAAGCUCAAGCUGAGGCCCAGGGUCAGACCCCGUACAGACAACCGGCCAGGGAACAGCCCGUCACGUAUCCCCACCCCAGUCAGCUACAGAGACCUUCAGGCCAGGGGCAACUAUACUCCCCUCCACAGCCCCACCCCGCCACAGUCCCCUCAGAGCUCCCAUUCCAAUGGCCAUCCACCCUCACGCAAGGCCAUGCACCAGGCCUUUGCUGACCUGAUCCACCCUCAGUCACAAUCCCCCGCCAUGGGCAACAGGGACCGCUCCUACUCUGUAGAGUCAGGGAGCGGCCUGGACACUGAGGCUUGGAUGUAG